AUGUACAGACAAAUCAACGUGGAACCUAGCCAGCGCAAGUUACAAUUAAUUUUAUGGCGAUCAGAUCCGUCAAGCCCACUUCAGACAUAUGAACUGAACACUGUAACUUACGGCACAGCUCCUGCUGCUUAUCUGAGCACCAGGUGUCUUAAGAAAAUUUCUGAUGAAACUUUAACUAAAAAUCCUAAAAUUAGUCAAAUAAUAGCCAACGAUUUUUAUGUGGAUGAUCUUCUAACAGGAGGAGAUUCCAUUGAGGAAGUCGCAUACAUUAAAACAGAAAUAACACAAAUAUUGGAAUAUUACGGAUUUCAGCUAAGGAAAUUUCUUUCAAACAGAUCCGAAAUAAUGGGUAGUUUAUGUGACGAUAACACAUUAUCAAUAGGUGAAUCCAACAAAUCAAAAACCCUGGGACUGUUGUGGAAUUCAACUGAAGAUUAUCUUCUGUAUUCGAUAGCCAUCCCAGACAAGGUGAUCUGCACGAAACGUUCCAUUUUAUCAAUUAUAUCUCAAAUAUUUGAUCCUCUUGGGUUAAUUUCACCGGUAAUUAUAACUGCCAAGAUCAUUGUACAAAAACUUUGGGCAUCUAAUACUGGUUGGGAUGAAACCGUCACACCAGAAAUAUAUACUAUUUGGAAGGCAUUUUGUCAUCAAUUGAGUGAUUUGAAUAAACUAAAAAUUCCAAGACAAGUAACCUCAGAAUUUGCUAUUGAAUUUGAGUUACACUGUUUUUCUGAUGCAAGUGAAUCCGCUUAUGGAACUUGCAUAUAUUUGAGAUCUAAAACCAAUUCAUUAGGAUAUCAAACCAGGCUACUUUGUGCUAAAACAAGAGUAGCACCCCUUAAAACUGUAACUAUUGCUCGAUUAGAAUUAUGCGCAGCUUUGCUUCAAGCUGAAUUAGCAGAAAAGGUUAGAAACUCUCUGAAAUUAAAUUUGUCUAAAUGUUAUUAUUGGUCUGAUUCCACCAUAACUUUAUCGUGGAUAAGGGCAUCUCCUCAUUUAUUCAAGAUAUUUGUAGCAAACAGAAUAUCCCAAAUUCAAUCUCUCACUGAACCUAGUGAUUGGCAUUAUGUCAACACCAAACAAAAUCCAGCCGAUAUUCUGUCCAGAGGCAUUGCACCAGCUGACUUGAUAAGCAGCAGUCUCUGGUGGAACGGUCCUACCUUUCUGGCAAUGGAUCCUUGCGAUUGGCCAAUAGAGCACAAAUUUGACACUAUCAAAAAUAGUGAUGUUUCACUCUUGCCCGAAAGAAAAAUCAAAAUCGUAUCUCUAGUUGUAACCAAGACAGAUCUAGGAUUAUUUGAAAGGUACUCAUCAUUAACAAAACUUCAGCGUGUUACUGCUUAUUGUUUGCGUUUUAUCAAAAACCUCAAAAUGAAAAGGAACAAUUUUGACAGACAGAUUGGCCCUUUAGGCACAAAUGAAUUAAAUAAUGCUCUCCGAAUACUGAUUCAGAUAUCACAACAACAAGAAUUCUCAGCUGAUUUAGAACACCUACGCAAACACAAACAGCUCUCAUCAAAGAGCAAGCUCUUACGGUUAACACCAUUCCUAGACGAACAGAAUAUUCUAAGAUUUAAUACCAUCAUUUGUCAAAUAGAAGCGUGUCUUAACUCAAGACCUAUAUCCCCUUUACCAUCCACUCCUAACGAUCUACAACCCUUAACACCUUCUCACUUCCUGAUUGGUGCAAGACUAACCAGUUUACCAGAAGAAGACUUGACAGAAGUACCAGUAAAUCGCUUAAAAAUGUACAAAAGACAACAGCAGAUACAACAAAACUUUUGGAAACGUUGGUCCAAAGAAUACAUUUCUGAACUCCAAUACAGAACCAAGUGGAACAAAACCUCUGCAGAGCAAUUGUGUCCUGGUGUACUGGUCCUCAUCAAAGAAGAUGGCUUGCCGCCAUUGGUUUGGAAGAUGGGUGUCGUUGAAGAAGUACAUCCCGGCGAAGAUGGUGUCGUCAGAGCUGCUACUAUAAGAACCUCCACAGGAAGACUUCAAAGGCCUACGAAGAAAUUGUGUCCAUUUCCAGACGAGGAUCUUGUUUUGAAGCCCACAGGCUGUCAAGAGGGGCGGCAUGUUCCGUAUAUUCACGAACGUGGCAACGCUGCAGCCCAAACGAACAGCGGCAACGCUGUAAUCAUCGCAAAUGACGAGAAGAGGAAGAAGCGAACGUCAUCCGAAUGA